UUUACAUGCAGCUAACACUCUGCCUCUUGUCCACUCCAGCUCACAUUGAUUCGAUAUCGACCUCAAUCAAGCUCACCCAAUAACCCCCCUCUUCAAACAGAACACCGAGAGUUUUGCGCAUACAUAGGACAUUCAGAACGGGACAAGAUGAGCGGAACGGUGAACAUUGCCUCGUCGGGCGAGUGGCAGCGCAUUCUGUCGUCCUCUACCAUUGUCAUCACCGACUUCUAUGCCGACUGGUGUGGCCCUUGCAAGAUGAUUGCGCCCGUCUUCGAGUCCCUGUCCACCAAAUUCUCCAAGCCUGGCAAGAUUACCUUCUGCAAAGUCAACGUCGACAACCACCAGUCCAUCGCUCAGUCCCACGGUGUCACCGCGAUGCCCACCUUUCUCAUCUUCCAGAAUGGCUCCGUUAUCGAGACCAUCCGGGGCGCCAACCCUCCGGCUCUUACUGCAGCCGUCGAGAAGGCCGUCAAACUGGCUGGCACUGCCGCUCCAGGCGCAUCUUUCGCUAUGCCCGGUCGCACACUAGGUGGCGGAAGCGCCAGCAGCAAUACGCCAGCUCGCCGGAGCGGAAACACCCUCGGCAGCCAGUCGUGGACCAAUUUCAGUGCCUUCAACUUUUUAAACGCGCUGCUUACCUUCUUUGGGCUCUACAUUGUGUCCUUGCUAUCGUUUGAUCCCUAUAAAGCUGCCGAGCGUUCCGAUUUUAACCUCAACAAGCCGAGAGCACCGCCUGAGCCCAUCCGGUUAGGUGGUAGCAGGUCAGCCGGGGGAGCAAGCGCAGGUCGCCCGACUGGUGGUGUCCGGACUUUGGCCGACCUCGGUAGCAACUAAUAGGACUAUGAGGAGCGACAGUGUCACCUUUGAUCCCGUGGCUAGCUGGAAGUAAGUUGUUAUUGGUACUUGUGUAUGGACAUUAUAAGGCGUACACAGGCAGGCGUUACAUAAGUGGGUAUAUAGCGUGUCUGAAUUCUGUGAUUAUCUCUAUGCAAAGUUUUCUGGUAUCGUUUAGCAUGGGGUAGGCAAUUAAUUUCUUGUGCUCAUGGAACCCAUGGAAUUCAUGGUAGCUCACAAGCUCUUUCGCCUUCCAAUAGCUAUCAGGGCUCCCGUCUCAGUCAAGCUAUUUACUCCUAGGACUAGAAACUCACUUUUUUGAGGCUGUGACUGUAGAAGGAAGUUAUUCUUUACUGCUCCAGAAUUGACCAUAUUACAUGUCAUUGCGAUAAUGUCUUCUGGAGCAAACGGUUGCUUGGUAACUCGGUUGUCUUCUGUCCAUCUUACUUGUAGCAAGCACGAGUGCUAAUUCGGAACGCUUCCUACGUGUAGAUAAGAGACCAAGCCAAGAUAUUCGUUAUGCCUCACGUAGGCUAUUAAUAUUGCCUACGGGUAACAUAUCUAAGUAGGUACGGAGUUUGGAAAGGAAUCCGAGUAUCGGGGCGUACCUAGCUGAUAGGUAAGUACACUUACUAGGUUCUAGG